GGUAGAAUACGUGGAUUUGACGAUGUGUCCACCCACAUCAAAGUCAAAGGUAGCUGAGGUUGAAUGCAAGUUGGCAAUAGGUUCUGUUGAACAUAUUGUUGCUUGUGCCACUGUUAUGGAGUGCGAGGAUCCUUCCCAACUUGUUCAUGGCACUCCACUAGGGAAUGGCAAUGUGCGCGUUUCUAUCUAUGCCGCGCUUGAGGAGAAAGCAAAAGUGCCAUUUCCUGUGAAAGAUGAAAUUGAAACAGUGAAGCAGGCUAUGGGGAGUUGGAUAGCAUGGCCUAAACACCUAGUCAUAAAAUCACAUCUCAAGAAACCUCCCAAGGAUAGUGCUGAAAAGAAGAAGAAAAGGAAAGAGAUAGGGGAAGAAGACUCGGAGAUUGAAUUUGGCUUGGCUAAAUUGGCACCAUCAUUACCAGCUUCAUUAAAGAUGUUAUGUUUGUGGGGUGAAGAUGCAUUCAAAGAUGGGAAUACAAUCAGCUUCUACAUGGAGCCUGAAGUGUUUGGAUUUUCUCGCAAGACUUAUAUAUUGGGAAAAGAUGUUCGGCGAUUGGCAAGCAUGAGGGAAUUAACUGGAACAUGCAUUGUAGUGUACCAGAGGUACCUCUAUGAUCAAUUGAAGGCUUAUAAAAUGCUUGACAUGGUUGCAUUUGUUGACCCUUCACUUGUUGGUGCUGUGGGGUGUGGGAAUGGAACUGUCAGGGCCCAACACAUCAAAGAAAGGCUUGCAACUGCUAAACCAGGACAGAUGUUCAUGUUGCCAUUUAACUCGGGUGAUCAUUGGACUUUAACACUUGUUGAUCCGGACAAACAAACCGCCUAUUUUAUGGACCCGCUAAAAAGACGCUUACCCACAGGAGAUUGGAUGUCUAUCGUGGAAACUGCUAUGCGUAUGUAUAAUGCUGAAAAGAAAAAGCAAGGCCGCAGUUCAGUCCAAUGGAAAAAUUUGGCUGGCAUUCCUCCCCAACCUAGCAACAAGGAGUGUGGAUACUUUAUCAUGCGAUACAUGAGAGAUAUCAUUGAGGAUAAAGACAUGUCAUUGUUUCCUAUGAAGUGGGAGAGGAGAGGCAGCAGCCAAUACACCCAAGCAGAUAUUGAUCAAGUGCGAAAUGAGUGGGGAAAAUUUGUUGUCAACACAUACGUGCAUGAGCCUUGAAGUAGUGCACUUGUUGCUGGUACAAUUUUGAUAAGGAAAGCAUCUUUUUUGUGCUUCUCUGCUGGUACAUUAUUGUCACGCACCAUGUGGCAUGUUUUGGAACAAUACAUAUAUGUGUAUCAGCUUUUUGAUGUCCCAAGUAGAUGGGCAUGCACUAGAAUGCUUUUCUUGUUUAAAAUGUUGGCUUUCUUAUUUGGAAAUGCACCUCUUUUGCUUUUGAAGUUUAAAGUAUUGGUUAGAUUACUCAUUUGAUGGUUUUCAAUAUUCGUGUUUGAUGGAGUACUGUCCAUUUGGUAAAUAGCCGAAAUGAAUGCACAAUCUAAUUCAGGUGAU